GCAACGGUCCCACUCAGCCACAGCAUCUCCUCCUCUGCCCUGAGCCAUGACCACAUUCGACGAUAUCCUGGAGGAGGUGGGCAAGUUUGGCCCAUGUCAGAAGCGCAUCUUCGGCCUGCUGUGUUUGGUGUCCAUGCCAUGGGCUGGGAUCUAUGUGGGGAUAGUGUUCCAGGGCUUCACUCCUCCUCACUGGUGCCGGCAGCCGGCGGUGCAGGAGCAGAGGCAGGCCUGUGGAUGGACUCUUCAGGACAGUGUCAAGAUGAGCGUGCCUCUGGUGAAUGUAUCGGGGGAGCUCCAGCCCAGCUCCUGUCUGCAGUACGACGUGGAGCUGAACCAGAGUGCUCUGAGCUGUGAGCAGAGCCAGGACCUGGACCUGAGUCACAGCCCCACGAGCAGCUGCAGACACGGCUGGGAGUAUGACUACGAGGGCCGCCGGUCCUUUGUCACUGAAUUUGAUCUGGUGUGUUCAGAUGCAUGGCUGGUGGACAUGUAUCAGGCCACUCUCAAUGUGGGCUUCCUCAUUGGGAGCAUUGCUAUAGGAUACUUGGCUGACAGGUUUGGCCGUAAACUCUCCUUCUUGAUGUCCAAUCUGCUAAAUGGGAUUACUGGCAUCCUGGUUGCCGUGGCACCCAACUACGUGUCCUUACUGGUGUUCAGGACGCUGUAUGGCUUUGGGGUGAAAGGAGGCUGGGUGGCAGGAUACGUGCUCAUCACAGAGCUGGUGGGUGUAGAGUUCAGGCGCACAGUGGGGAUCCUGUACCAGAUGUUCUUCAGUGUGGGGAUCCUCCUCUUACCUCUGCUGGCCUACUACAUCACAGACUGGCGCUGGCUACAAGUGGUCAUCACCGUCCCAUACAUCCUUUUUCUGUCAUACUACUGGUUCAUCCCAGAAUCCCCGCGAUGGCUCCUCUCUCAGAACAAAAAGGACAAAGCUGUGGAGAUCACCGAAGCCAUGGCCAAAGAGAACAAGAUGACUCUGUCCAAGAAGAUCGAGACUUUGGCAGAUGAUAACGCAGCAGCAGACUCCACCACUGCCUCCUUCAUGGACCUGAUCCGCACUCCGAAAAUGAGGAAACACACUUUUAUUCUCAGUUACAACUGGUUUACCAGUGCAGUGGUGUACCAGGGCCUGAUCAUGAGACUGGGUAUUUUAGGAGGAAAUGUGUACAUAGACUUCCUAAUCUCAGGUCUGGUGGAAUUCCCUGCAGCCUUCCUCAUCCUCUUCACCAUUGAGAGGAUCGGCCGACGACUUCCAUUCGCUACAGCUAACUUUGUGGCAGGAGCGUCCUGUUUUAUCACUGCCUGUAUACCUGAUAGUAUGUUCUGGUUCAAGACAGCGGUGGCUUGCAUUGGUCGUCUCUGCAUUACUAUAACCUUUGAGAUGGUAGUUUUUGUGAACACUGAGCUCUACCCCACAUUUGUCAGGAACUUUGGUGUGUCUGUGUGCUCCACCCUCUGUGACGUUGGGGGCAUCGUGGCUCCAUUCCUACUCUACAGACUAGCUGUGAUCUGGCUCGAGUUGCCCCUCAUCAUUUUUGGCUCCCUGGCGAUCCUGGCUGGAGCGCUGGUCUUGCUCCUUCCUGAGACUAGAGGGGUCCCACUGCCCGAUACCAUAGACGAUAUUGAAUUCCCAGAGAGGAUGAAGGAGAAAGAGACAAACGGACAUCUGUUCAACCUGCUGCCCACCGACGAUGUCACAAACAACAAGAACCUGGCAGUAGUUUAAUCUCCAAACUAAGUAGUAUCUAAAAUCAGUCAUUUCUGUUAAAAUAUGGUUUAAACCUCCACAAACAAGCCAGUUUGUAACACAAGUCUGUGGGAAUAUCAUUCAUUUGUACUCAGCAUAGCAUGUGCAAUGUCCUGAGAAAUCCAAAACAUCACAGGGCGACGACCAUUUCAAAAGCUUUAAACUGUUUGCUGUUAACGUAAUGUUAGUGGUGAACGGUGCGGUGAAAUUAUUAUUAUGUACAGAUAUAGCAACAAGUCCUUUAAAUGAGUGUAGGCCUGUAUCACAAUUUUGUGAAUAAUUGUUGUGCAAUUGUUUUAUUUUGUGUUAUUAUACUAGGCUCUG